GCUCGGAUCCACACAACUGGCGGACAAUCAUCGUCGCGUAAGAGCGAAACGUCUCUUUUUGGUCCUCGCUGUGUUCCGUAGCACGCAGUUCCACAACGUGCAGCAAAGAGGUGAACACUUUCGGUCUGAACCACGGCUCUAAGUGCUGCAAACGGAGACUCAACAAUUCAUCAUCUACAAUCAUGGCAGAAAAGCAAGAAAAUAUGUCUCCAAUUGAGAUAAAGGUGGCACGACAAGUGGAGUACUACUUUGGGGAUCACAAUCUUCCAAAAGACAAGUUUCUCAAAGAACAGCUCCAACUUGAUGAGGGCUGGGUGGCUUUGGAGACGCUGCUCAAAUUCAACAGACUGAAGUCUUUAACUACAGAAAUCAGCGUCAUUGCCGAAGCUAUCCAGAAAUCAAACGCUGGCCUCUUGGAGGUAAGCGAAGACAAGACUAAAAUCCGGAGGUCUCCAGACAAACCCUUACCGGAAAUUAAUGAUGACUACAAAGAUGCUCUUAAACACAAAUCUGUGUACAUGAAAGGAUUUCCUCUCGAAACGACCCUUGAUCAGAUUCAGGAGUGGCUGAGUGAGAAAGACAUAGAAAACAUUCAGUUGAGAAGAAACCUGCAACGUCUGUUCAAGGGAUCAGUGUUCAUUUGUUUUGUCACUGAAGAGUCAGCCAAGAAGUUCCUAGAACGUACAGACAUCAAAUCCUUCAAAGACAAUGAGAUGCUGGUUUUAUCAAGAGAAGACUACCACGCAAAGAAAGCAGAAGACAGAAAACAUUACAAAGCGGAGUCCAAAGCAAAGGCUAAACAGGACAAGGAUGACCAGCAGAAACAAGUAGAAGACAAAGAGAUGGGUCUGCUUUUGAGUGAGAAGACAGGUUGCCUGUUGAAGUUCUCAGGAGAGCUUGAAGAUGUUUCAAGAGAAGACUUCCAUGAAUUGUUCUCUGGGCAUGGAAAGAUCAAGUGGGUGGAUUUCACAAGAGGAGCCAAAGAGGGCACCCUCCUGUUCGACGGAGUUGCAAAGGAGGCAUUCGAUAAUGCCAAAGAGGCACAUGGAGGGGAAUUGAAGAUCAAGUCCAACAGUGCGACAUGGCAGGUGCUUGAGGGAGAGGAGGAGAAAGAGGAAAUGAAGAAGAUAAUCGAAGCUCAACAAGAAUCCUUCAACAGAAGCAAAAACAGAUCUGGAGGAAGAGGAGGAGGAGGAAGGGGAAGAUCUGGCGGCAGAGGAGGAAGGGGAAGAUCCGGCGGCAGAGGAGGAAGAGGAGGCGGCAGAGAUCAAGGCAGGAGUAAUUACAAGGGCAAAAAGACGAAAUUUGACGAUGGUGAUGACGCACCCAUCGCCCCAAAGAGAGAAAGAGAAGAGAAUGAUGGGCCCGCAGCAAAGGUCCCCAAAACUGAAAACGGAUCUUAGUCACAACAUUGCACCAGGAUUCUUUUUUUUUUUGUGAAACAUUUAUUAUAAACAGUGAAAAUGCAGAGGCAACUUAAAUCCAUUCCAGUGAGAGCUUCAGUCUGUGGAGAAUCGUAGGAAGUCCACCUGGAUGUCGACCUAGAAAACAAAUAGCAAAGCUUGGCGUCAGUUUUCAGCCUUUUUAAGUCUUUGUUUUUUUGUGCCUCUAUCAUUAUUUGUGUCCCUAUAUUUCUCCACUUAAGACGUUUUUUAAUUUUAUCAAACAUGAUUUACAACUAAACAUUUGUUAGGUUUUGUGCAGUUAAUUUUUCCCUUGCAGAUUUCCUGCAAUGAGUGGUAACUUUUGCGUUGCUAUUUUAAGUUUGCAUAUGUGAAUAGCAAAUAAAACCUUUAUAAAAUGAA